UGAACGGUAACUAUAGAAACCAUGACAGUUUUGACGAUGAAGUUUUAUUUGGAAUGAGGAAAAUAUCUUAUUUGGAAUUAUACGGUGUUAAACGUUUUCCGUACCGUGGAAGGCGUGCAUAUACACCAUUACUUCACCAAUCAAUAGAUGGAGGGAUGAUUAUCUCAAAUGACGUUUUCGGCCUGACAAUCAGACAGUUUGAACGAAUAUAUAAAGCGUGUUUAGAUAGAAGAAAAACACAAGAACAGAGGAUAUUAAACAUAAGAUAUCCUGUCAAAACUUCAAACUACUAUAUGGAAUACUUACAGAAUUGUAUAGACUACAAUAGAGAUGAUUUUCUCGGAAAUGACCCGAGAGAGAAAAACUUGUACGAACUCCUAGUAAAAACAGUUGGUACUGAAAUAUAUAUACGAGAGAGACAACGACUAUUCAUAUUAGAAGAUUUGAUUUUUAACGCAAGUAGUCCUAUUAUAACACAAAUAUUAAGUGGAAGUUUAUCAGAAGGACUUGAUUUACCUAGCAGUGACAUUGAUAUAAUGUACGUGAGCAAUAACGUAGACGUUAUAAGGAAUGUAAAGAAUGCAAAGAAUGUAAAGAAUACUAAACACCUAAUACAGAGUACAACACUGGUUAUGGAAACAGAUAAUGAAAAUCCUGGAUUUACCAGGCUAAGAUUGAUAGCAGGAGGGGAAAGUGUCCCUUGUCUGACAUUUGACUGCUUUAAAAGUACCAGAGACGGUUUAUAUUUAUCAGUGAAUGCAUUUGUUAGUAACAUAUUGCAGCUCUCUUCACAUGCUAAAUUGAUUCAACACGGCCCCUGCUUAUCCGACAAAGAUCAGAUUACCGAUUUAGCAUAUUGCCUACGUAGUAAAUAUCUACCUUACAACGCAGUUCGAUGGGCAACCCGUCAUCGACAGCAAUGGCCCCCUAAUUUUGUAAUUGAAAAGGCAUUAAAUUACGGAUGUUUGUUAGUACCUAUAGGACCCAAGACUGUUUCUGAUAGUGACUUAUUGUGGAGAUUGUCUUUUUCUGUGACAGAAAAACUACUUGUACAUUCGUUUAAUUUCACUCAACUGUUAUGUUACGGUCUACUAAAAUUAACAUUAAAGCGUAUCGUUAACACAAUCGAUGUGGUCAAUGAAUUAUUGUGUUCUUAUUUUUUAAAGACGGCUUUAUUCUGGGUCUCGGAGGAGGAAGAUAUUGACACAUUUCAAUUAUCCAAAUUGUUUCGCUGUUUUUUUCUUUGUCUUGAUAAGGUGAUGUCAUGGGUAAAUAACUGUUACUGUCAGAACUACUUUAUACCCGAGCACAACAUGUUCCUAGGAAAGAUCAAUCAAAGUAAUAAAAGCAAACUCCUAAAUGUGCUGGAUAGUAUAAAGUGUGGUGGAAUUGAUGGAUUGAAAAGUAAUUUAUUUCCGCCUGACAAUGUAAAUACUGCUCUAUUAAGUACAAAGUGGGAAACUUCGUUCUUUAUGUUAGACCUCUUAAUUUACAAGAUUUGUGAAUCAAUAACGAUUCAUAAUGACAUUUCAAUUUGUUAUAAAGAACUGACACUUACUAAUCGUUUGCUAAAGUCUGAAUCAUCUGUAUUUAUCAUUGAUGUCUGUAAAUAUCACUAUGCCAGAAUCAGUCAAUUUGCAGCACAAAAGCUACUACCACUUAACACAACAAAUAAAACGUACAAAAUACACAACAUUUAUCACAGACAUUUAUUGGACGGCAUCAAUGCAGAUGCCGUAUCAGGUUGGCUAUUGUACGCAUCGUUUUAUUACGUGACAGGACAGUACACCGUAUCACUGAGACUAACAGAAUAUGCUUUAUCAAAGUGUACACCUGAUAUGGUGCUUGUAGGCUGUGCCGAUUAUUGUAAAAAAGAUAUAAAUAAUUACAAACGAAAUAUAAAUUCUGCAAUGACACUGAAUGAGAGGGUAAAAAUAGCCACUGUAGGUCUUGUCAGGUUCUUACGUCAAUCAACUUUAAUACCAGAAGAACUACGACUGGAGGUGAAAAUUAAAACCUUUAAAGUACCGCCUGUUGUUAUGAGUCACUGUUUAAAAUUCCUAUGCUAUCAUCAUCUUGGUGAUAUGUUCAACAGACAACAGGCAUUAUGUGCUUUACAUUUAUCAGUAAAAGAUGAAUCUUUUGAUUUAUCAAGUUUAUUAUCAGAAGCAAUUACAGUAGUUGGUGUGUGUUAUGAGAUAUCAGGAGACGAAGACGCAGCCAAACAGUGUUAUGAAGAGGCUAUGCAAUGUUAUAUGUUUGUAUGUCCUACAGCAAAAAUAAGGAAAUUUCUUCUUAUGAAUCAUUAUAAAAUUUCACCUCGUGAAUUAUUAUAA